UUAGACGAAGCUAGCUGACAGUAGCUAAUGUCACUUUGUGAAAUAAUGUUGCUAUAUUUAAAGUAAUAGUGAUGCGUUCAGUUCUCGUUCAAUCACAUGAAUGAACAAUGAGUGUGAAGAAUUAAUCAUUAAUUUCAAACUAUAAAAGAAUAUUAUUUAUAUUUUACAAUAAAAUUGUAUUAAAGUGCUCCAAUAUAUGUUACUAGUAGUAUGUAACUACAAUCAGUUUUUUUAUUUUCAUUACAUACCUAUAAUUGUUAUAUUUUAUACAUCUAUAAUUUCAACUAUAUGAUGUAUUGGAAAUAGGACAGUCUUACAAGCUUCCUCGCAAUGUUUUUCUUAAUGUUUAAAACACUCGGUAUUCAGUACAGGUAGAUACUAUAGAAACAUAAUAUUUCGUCGAAAACUCGUUGGUAUGUACAAAGCACGCCUAAAAUACGAACCCCGUACCCGAUAUCGGCAAUUCAGCACACCAACUAUUCACUAGACAAUCGAGGCAAUUUCAUUAAUUCAGGAGUUUUUUCAAUCGUUCACUUUGUCACAACACUAUUUUUAUUUCAUCAAAACCUGACAACACAGUAAACGUCAGUUUACUUCGUCUAAUAAAAAAUCCGACUAUAGCCGCAGAAUUCAAAAUAUCGUUCGAUGACACUUUUCAUAGAUCUACUGAUUUGAAUAGAAAGGCACACGAGACACCAGCUGAUCGAAAACUCAGACCGCCAAGGCGAUUCCGAUGUCUAUAGACUCGAGUGACAUCAGCACUGGGUGUACCCUCAGGCUCUGAAGAUGGUUUCACAUUGUCAAUCGAUCCAGGUCCAACUGUAAGCCAAUUGAAACUUCUUCAGUCAUCACUACAGACCUGUCUGCAGGCUACACAAGAACUAACUAAUCUUCAAGUUCUGCAAUCGGAAGUUAAUGUGAUGGUAACUGAGCCAGAAUUGGAAGGAGAGCCACCGGUUACUGAAUCAGGUGCAUGGCGUGAAGUGACAGCCGACUGUAGAAUCGAUCUAGUUCCGUUCUCGGUUCAGUUCUAUAUGCAUCAACCAGAUCGUAAGUUCUCUGCGCCUUCGUAUCGAAAGCUCUGUGUGAUACUGGUGAAGGCGGCUCACGAAACCGAACUAGCCAAAUCUGUGCUACCACAUCUGACCAGACCCAGCGAUGUUGUUGAGGUGUUGAAGAGUUAUUCGGUGGCGUAUAGAUCGCGUCGGACGUCCCUGGCCAGACUCGCGGAGAAGUACGAGUCCUCUCUGUACAUGGAGCCUGCGGCCGAAGGUGGUUAUCUGUUGAGAUGCGCGAACCUUCUGGAAGUCCACUGGCGCCUGGAGAACAAGGUCUCAGCGGUGGCUCCUUUCUACCACAGAAUGAAAUUCGAUCUAGAAUAUAUGAACGAGUCCUACGUUGCUAAAAUAUCGGAGGCCCACAAGCAGCUGUCCGACCCGGCGCUCUCCACCGACGAACGCACCCUCUUACUGUCAAAAAUCAUAACCGUAUGCCUCGAGGUGAAUGGACAGGAGACGGUGGAGCCAAGUCGCCUGGACACCAGACAGGACGCCCUCGACGGAGACCCAGCGCCAAACAUCAUGGCCCCACCCAAGGAGAUACCGAGGAAACUGGCAAAAAAACCCUCAAAAAGCCUUAAAAGAUCUCAGCCUGACACCGCCAAUGUCAGUGCUAAAAAAGGUAAAAGCGCCCCCGAUGAUACCACGGAAAAUCAAUCGGACAACAUAAAUAUUCACAAUUUAGUUGAUAAUAUAGAUAGUAAGAAAAAUAAUUUUGAAGCGACCACAAAAAAUGUCGUUACCAGUCAAAGUACUAAUAAAGACAAAAGUUCUGGUAACACUGAACUUGAAAAAGCUCAAAUGAUAAAAAAGCCUAUUGCUGAGAAUGGAGGUCGUGGAAACAAGCAGAGUUCAAACUCAGAGGUUAACGUGAAGAGUGUAAAGAGCAGCGCAGCAUCCAAAAAAAUUCCCACACACAAGUCUCGGCUAGCGGAAAAGUCUAGUGUUGCCAGUGCUGAAAUUAAAUCUACCUCAAAAAAUGUUGCCGCAAUUAAAAGUAGAACCGAGAAAUUAAACUUGAAUGAAAACGAUAAGAAUGUUAUGAAUACUAAUAAUAAGAAUAAUGGUAAUGAAUUAAUCGAAAAAGUAACAGAGAGAAAUAAACAUAUCACACCCAAUAAAAGGGAAAACGUAGCCAACAUCAAUGUAGAUAACUCAAGAGAUAAACAGAAAAACGAUUUACAAAAUAAAAAGAUACAGAAAAAGAUAUUGAUAAAGUCUCAUAAGAAUCCAAGCAGUAAAAUUAAGGCUGGCAACAAUAAUGUCCUGAGUGCUGGCAACACAGACGCGGCUAAGAAAUCCAAGAUACCCCAGAAGGUUUCUUCCCCGGUCGUGGAUAGUAUUAUCAAGAAGAACAUGCUAAGAAUAAGUCCGAGACGUCUGCCAGCCAACAUUAAGAGCUCUUCGGAAACGAGUAAUAAACAGAGAUUGAUUAAGACCUCAACGAGUAUACCGCGAUUAUUGAAGCCAACGUCAAAGAUUAAAUAGAAGGAAAUGAAAAAAAAAAGUUUGAUGAAAUUGUAUUUUUUUUUUAAAUAAAGUUUUUUUUGAUUA